AUGGCAAACCUGCAUAUAUUUGACCCUGUCACUGACGAGGAGAUUGUGACCGCGACCAGUUUGCUCAAGGAUUUGCAUGGUGACGGUAAACUGUCGUUUUCACAAGUAGACAGAUUAGAUCCUCCAAAGAAGGAUGCGAUUAAGUAUCUUGAUAUCGAGAGAUACGGUGGUGGGCCAUUGCCAUAUGUUCCAAGAAGAGUGUACGCAUAUUACUAUGUAAACAAUAAGAUGCCGCUAUACAAAGCAGUUGUUAACGUGUCUGAGAAAUUCGUUAUCAGUUCCAAGAUUACUCCAGAGGGUACAGUGGGACCAUUGCAACCAGACGGUGUUGCCGCUAUCGAAAAGGCAAUCCUGGAUCAUCCGAUUGUGCAAGCGGAAAUUGCCAAAUUGAAGUUGGACAAACACACGUAUUCUCAUCCCUCCUUGGGGAAACUUAAAUAUACAGUUAUUUGUGAGCCAUGGAUGUAUGGUACAGACUCCAUUCACGAUAAGAUACCAAUGAUACAAGCCUAUAUGUAUUUGGCCGUUGAUCACAGCGAGAGUAACCAUUACAGUAUUCCGCUCAAAUUUUCACCUGUUUUUGAGUAUCUCUCUCAUAAAUUUGUUAGAAUGGACUACUUACCUUCAGGUGCUGAUGAAAGAUUCAUAACCGAAACGUUACCUCUCUCUAAAAUACCUGCAAUUGUUGAAUAUCAUCCCGAUCUAGUUGAAGACUAUCAGCCUAGGGAAGGUCUAAAACCACUUAUCAUUAGUCAACCAGAGGGGCCAUCUUUCAAUGUUGAUGGUUCUAAGAUCACCUGGCAAGGGUGGGAAUUUAGGGUGUGCUCCAAUGUCAGAGAAGGUUUUGCCAUUUACGAUGUUCAUUUCAAGGGCAGAUCUUUGUUUUACCGAGCUUCCCUAGUAGAAAUGACGGUACCUUACCUGGACUCACGUCCUCCAUUCCAUAGGAAGCAGGCCUUCGAUUUAGGCGACUGUGGGUUUGGUAACACUGCUAAUUCAUUGGCUUUAGGUUGUCAUUGUCUGGGGGUCAUCAAAUAUCUUGACACUAGAAGAUCCGAUAUGGAAGGUAAUCCUGUUUUAAUACCAUCAACCAUUUGUAUGCAUGAGCAGGAUUAUGGUUUACUAUUUUUGCACAAAAAUUAUAGAACUGACAAUUCAGUUGUGACCCGUAGAAGAGAGUUUGUCAUUCAAACAAUUGCUACCGUUGCAAACUAUGAGUAUAUCAUAAAUAUGAUAUUUGAUCAAGCUGGUGCUAUCACGGUUCAAGUAAGAGCAACAGGUAUACUUUCCACUAUGCCGAAUGAUUUAAAUAACGUUACCGAUUUUGGAACGAUUGUGGCACCCGGUGUUACAGCAGCUUUCCAUCAGCAUCUUCUAUCCUUUAGAUUUGAUACAAGGGUUGAUGGUGAUAAAAAUAGUGUAGUUUAUGAUGAUAUUGUCCCCAUGGAGGAAGAUUUGCCACACAAUAAAUAUAAUGUUGGAGGUUAUCAAAAAAGAAGUUUCGUUGAGAAAUCAGGGUCUGUUGAUCAGUCACCCUUCACAAAUAGAACUUAUAAAGUUAUCAAUGAAAACUCUAUCAAUCCUGUUACCUUGAAACCUGUUGGGUAUAAGUUUGAGAUGCCAGCGAAACAAAUGAUUUUGGCUUCUCCAAAAUCGUAUAACGUAAAGAGGGCACACUAUGCCACUAAACAGUUUUGGGUUACCAAAUAUGGAGAAGAUCAACUUUACCCAGCAGGUGAAUUUACCAACCAGUCUCAAAGGGACAAUGGUCUGGUCGACUGGGCGGAUGGUACUGACUCCGUCAGAAAUACCGAUACUGUUGUCUGGGCAACGCUUGCCUUAACUCAUCCUCCAGUCACUGAACAGUUUCCAGUCAUGACGUCAGAUUUCAUGCAAUUCCUAGUAACUCCCGCUUCAUUUUUCACUCAGAAUCCAGCACUUGACGUACCAUUAGCGUCUAAUAACUUCAACAAAUCCGUUUACUUUGAAGAGUCGGUGAACAAAUCAGCUUCCUGUUGCAAAAGCAAUUUAUGA